AUGGUCGAUCGCCCAGGUCUAGGGAAGCGACCCAGCUCGGAUAAUAGAGGUGUUUCUCCGCCGCCCCCAAAGCGGAAACAGCAGUCAACCACCACCAGUAGGGUCGAAGAAGAUAGCGUUGAACUACGUAAAGCGGUAGCGAACUUCUUUACUCCAUUAUCGAAGAAGGAGCCUGAGAAGAUGACUUGGCGCAUUGUGCAAGAUAGUCUUCUUGUUGGGAAAUAUGUGGCUGCGACAGCGGCUGCACGUACGACAGCGACUGGCAGGACGAGAGUAGCAGCUUUCGAUUUCGAUUCCACGCUAAUCACAUCCGCUUCUGGAAAGGUCUUCAGUCGUGAUGCAACGGAUUGGAAGUGGUGGCAUAGCACUGUACCUGGGACACUGAAAAGGCUUCAAGGAGAAGGUUAUCUGGUCGCCAUUGUGAGCAAUCAAGGUGGCAUUAGCUUAAAGCCUGACCCGAAGACUGUAAAAUCUGAUCAGAAGCGAUUGGCCGAUUUCAAGGGGAAGGUCUCAGCUGUUCUCAACCAGCUAGAUAUCCCUAUCUCCGUCUAUGCUGCCACCGCGCGUGACCAGUACCGGAAGCCUAGAACAGGCAUGUGGCAUGAGAUCUUGGACGACUACGAUCUUGACGGAGCAGAUGCUGUUGAUCUAGAGAACUCGCUUUUUGUUGGGGAUGCAGGCGGACGAGAAGCACUAGCUGGUGGUGUCAAAGACCACUCUUGUGUCGACAGAGAUUUUGCGGCAAACGUAGGUCUACCGUUUUACACACCCGAGGAGUUCUUCCUUCACGAGGAGCAAAGACCAUUUACAAGAAGUUUCGACCCCACUGUAUACCUCAAAGAGCGUGAGCUGGCUCAGGAGUCUGCAUCUGCAUCAAAAGGCGUCACAAAGUCAGAGACAAUCGACAUCAUCUUGCUCUGCGGUAGUCCUGGAGCGGGCAAGUCCUCGUACUAUUGGAAGCAUCUGCAGCCGUUGGGUUACGGCCGUGUGAACCAAGACACACUAAAAACUAAAUGCAUCAAGGCAGCCACAGCUCUCAUUGAGGAAGGCACGAGUGUAGUCGUUGACAACACAAAUGCGGACCCAGCCACGCGCGAAAUCUGGGUAAAAUUAGCACAGAAGCUAAAUGUGCCGAUACGCUGCAUUCUGUUCACGGCAUCAUCAAGGCUUUGUGAGCACAACGAUGCUGUUCGCGCCUUGAGCCUAGGACCGGAGAGUAACCCCGAAAAGCGAACAAUUCUACCGAAACUUGCGUUCACUGGAUUCGCUUCAAGGUAUCGUGAGCCUAAGCUAUCGGAGGGAUUCACAGAAAUCACCAUGAUCGAUUUUGAGCUCUAG